AUGUUUAAAAUACGUAAAGCUAAGGAUGAGGAGCCAACUGCUCCAGGGCAGGUGAAAAUUAAAAAGAGGUCAAACGUGCCUGGAGUUAUGAUUACCCAAUAUGUAGAAGAAAUGCCUGAAAACAUGGCCACGCCAGAUUUCACUCGGAAACCCAUUGCUCUAACUAUUCAAGAAGGAAAAUUAGCUAUCUUCAGAGCAGUAAUUACUGGCACACCAACACCAACUGUAACCUGGGCAAGAAACAACGGAGAAAUUGAUGAAAGGUGCCAAAUUGUCUACGAUACAAGUACCAGUGAACACCAACUACAUAUGCCUGAUGUAUCGGCAGAUCAAGCUGACACCUACAAGUGUUUUGCCAGAAAUGAAUAUGGAAAAGCGGUCGUAACUGCUGUGCUUAAUGUUAUUGAGGUUGGCUAUAAAAAGAGCAGAGCCUUGCAGCAAUCAAGAACAGCCAUGUAUGAUUAUUAUUUUGUGUGUUUAAUAAUAUCAGUUUCUUCUCCUAGGGUUGAAAUGGAGGCUAAAGAAGAAACAAAAACAGAAAUCGAUGACAAGUUCUGGGAUCUGCUGAUGAGCGCAGACAAAAAAGAUUACGAAGCCAUCUGUGCUCAGUAUGGUGUCACAAAUUUCCGUUGGAUGCUGAAGAAACUUAAUGACAAGAAGGAAGAAAGGGAGAAAGAGCAAGAAAAGGUUGUUGAAAGACUAUGCAACCUAAAGCCCAUUGAAAUGAGAGAUGAUGGCGGUGCAGAGUUUGAACUUGAAAUGUCACUUAAGGACCCAAGCAGCAAAAUCUUCUUAUUCAAGGACGGAGUUAUGAUUCCUUUUGAAGCUGACACAGAUGUAAAACAUGGACUUAGGCGGGUGGGAAAGAAGUUUGUCUUUAGCAUCAAUGGUGUUGACGCAGAGGAUGCAGGAUUAUACCAAGUGGAGGUUGAUGGGGUUAAGAUCUUCACAACUGAGUUCAAACCUCCGCCUAUAGACUUUUUGGUCAAGAUUGAAGACGUGAAAGCAGAGGAAAGAGAGGACGCUGUGUUUGAGUGCGUCGUCUCACAUCCCCUGAAGAGGUUAACUUGGAUGGGAAAGAAUAUCACACUAGAGCAAGGGGAUAAAUUUGACAUCACUGUGUCAGAGGACAUGCUGAUUCACACAUUGGUGGUAAAGGACUGCAAGCUAUUGGACAAAGGAAUUUAUGCUGCUGUGGCUGGAAUUAAAUCCUGCAGCGCUUGGCUUAUAGUUGAAGCGGACACUGAUCCAAACACACAUGGAAAGAAGAAAGCUCGCAAAACAACCAGAGCAGGUGGUGGUGGAGAAGAACUUUUGAGGAUUGCUCAGGAGCAACAGGCGAAGAUACAGAAAGAGAGAGAUGAGUUGAUUGCAAAGGCAAAGGCUGAGGCAGAAAUAGCAGCUGCAGCUGAGAAAGCAGAAGCCGAAGCAAAAGCAAAAGCAGAAGCCAAGGCUAAAGUGAAGGCAAAAACGAAGGCAAAAGCAAAGGCAGUAGAAGGAGAAGGGACAGAUGAAGCAGACUCAACCACUGUGGUAGAGGAGGAAGACGAAGAAGUGUCCGAACCCGCAUCAUUAGAACCCACACAGGAAUCUCCAGUUGCUGAUACUGAAGAAGAGGAGCCCAUUCAAGAGAAAAGAAAGAGAGUGAGAACAGGCCAACUUGUCCCUGAUACAGUCAUUGACCCAGGAGUAUACUUCACCAGUGGACUGUCGGAUGUAAACGCCAUCAUUGGUACUGAAGCAGAACUGGUCUGCAGGCUGAGCAGUGAGGACUGUGAUGGAGUCUGGUACAAAGAUGGGACAGAGAUAACCGCUACAGAUGAUAUCUGUAUUGUUAAAGAUGGGACUUAUCGCAAACUAAUUAUCAAAAAUUGCAAAGAAGAUGAUGCUGGAAAGUAUCGAUGUGAAGCCGAUGGACGUAAAACAGAAGCUGUUCUAAAUGUUGAAGAUCCUCCAAGAAUUAACCCUGAUGACCUCACUGAGUUCAUAAAACCUGUUAUAAUCAAAACUGGGAAAGAUGCAGCAUUCAAGCUGUCCUUUGUUGGCCGGGAACCCAUGAAGAUCCAAUGGUACAAUGAGGGCGAGGAGCUGCUGGAGGACACACAUAUCAGGAUCGAGAAGUCUUCCUCAUACAGCCGCCUGCUGCUAACCAAGUGCCAACGCAAAACCACAGGAGAAAUAAAGAUUAAGAUUAAAAAUGAAUGCGGAGCAACUGAGGCCAUCUCGCAACUCAUUGUAUUAGAUAAACCAACACCACCCCUAGGCCCUGUUGAUAUCAUUGAAAGUUCAGCUGCUUGCAUUGAGUUCAAAUGGAAACCUCCCAAAAACAAUGGAGGUGCCCCUAUCACAGACUACAUCCUGGAACGGCAGCAAAUUGGCAGAAACAGCAGGAAGAAAUUAGGUAAGACUGGCCCAGAGCCUAGAUACAGGGACACUGAUGUAGAUCAUGGCAGAAAGUACUGCUACCACAUCAGGGCAGAAACGGAUCAAGGCAUCAGUGAAAUGAUGGAGACCGAUGACAUUCAAGCAGGGACAAAGGCAUACCCCGGACCUCCUUCAACACCAAAAAUUGUUAGUGCUUUCAAAGACUGUAUCAAUCUGGCUUGGUCAGCACCCACUAAUACUGGAGGAACCAACCUUUUGGGAUACAAUGUGGAGAAACGCAAGAAUGGCAGUAAUCUGUGGGGCCAAGUCAACCCACCGGAUGAGCCCAUCAGAGAGAAAAAGUAUGCAGUGAAGGAUGUUGUUGAAGGCAUCGAGUAUGAGUUCCGUGUAUCAGCUGUCAACAUUUCUGGUGCUGGAGAGCCAAGUACACCUUCUGAAUUUGUGAUUGCAAGAGAUCCAAAGAUGAGACCUCAAUUCACUGACAAAAAUAUGAAGACCUUUAUGGUAAUGAGAGCUGGGAACGCUACUCGAGUCAACUUCAACUUUCAGGCCUCUCCACUACCAACCAUUACAUGGCUCAAGGACGGUCUUCCUGUUGCUAAGCAUGUGACUGUGAGCAACUCAGACACAUCAUCACAGUUGAUGAUCCCCUCAUCAGAGCGCCAUGACUCUGGGAUCUACACAAUCAUUGUCAAGAACCUUGUUGGUCAGGAGACCUCUAGUGUUGAGAUAAGAGUCACAGAUGACCCCAAGCCUCCAGGCCCCGUGGAGCUGGACGAGAAUGUGUCGGGAACAGUGACAGUCUCUUGGACUCCCUCUCCAGAUGAGAAGAAAGACGACAGGCUGCACUACAUGAUCACCAAGAGUGAUUCUGUUAGGCGUUCUUGGCAAACUGUGGCAGACCACCUCUUCAAUAACAAGUUCACUCUCAUCAAUAUCAUCCCGGGAAGGCAGUAUAAAUUCCGGGUAUAUGCCAGGAAUGACAUGGGGCUUUCCAAACCUUCUGAGUCAGCAACCUGGGAAGUGAAAAAAAGAAAAGAAAUGUUUUCUUUGAACUUUCCUGUCACUAAGGACUACAGCUUUGAGACGCCUCCAACGUUCUCUGUUCCACUAAAAAUGCACAACAGUCCAGAGAGCUAUGAAUGCUACAUGAGCUGUGCAGUGACAGGAAACCCCAGACCCCAUGUUACCUGGUACAGAAAUAAUGUCAGCCUCAAUACCAACACCAACUACUACAUCACUAACACAUGUGGGGUCUGCUCGAUGGUGAUACUCAAAGUUGGGCCCAAGGACAACGGGGAUUACACAGUCAUUGCAGAGAACCUUCUGGGCAGAGUGGAGUGUUCAACAAAACUUGUUGUUAAAGAUUAGGAUGAUGCAGUGAGCCUGAACUCCUGAAGAUGCUUGUUCCAUUUAAAUGAAUGGAAUGUAAAGGAUUCGUCAGUUGGAAACCUGUCAUCUGGGCUUUUUUUUGUUUUAAAUAGCUGCAUUGAUGUAUUUAAAUAGACUGUGAAGAUGAAAAUAAAGGA